GAGGAGAGAGAGAGAGCGAUAGACUACCUUGAACAGGGGCGGCUCCGAUUCGACCCCUCGUCUGGCCUGAGUUUGUGCCCUGUGUCCCGGUGAUGAACUGCACUCUGGUGGCCAGGCUUGUGACCAGGGGGGUCGAGGAGGCCAUGGACCAGGUCCUCGGGAGCUGCAACGGGACGAGAGCCGUAAGCGAAAAGGGCUUCGUCUCCGUCUCGGACGAGAGGAGACUGUUCACCGUCAGGGUGGUCCAGAUGGCCGUGCUCUGCAUCCUCUCGCUCACCGUGGUCUUCGGACUCUUCUUCUUCGGCUGCAACCUGCUCAUCAAGUCCGAGAGCAUGAUCAACCUCCUGGCCAGGGAGCGGCGUCCAUCAAAGGAGAUCGGAGUCGUCAACGUGAGCAACUGCUGAACCUGCGGAGCUCGAGGGAGUCUUGAGUUUGUUGGGCAAAAC